AUGUUCGCUGCGAAUUCUACCGUAGAAGGAGGAGAAGAUUCUCAAACUACACCUGCUCCAGCUAGUCCUACCCAAAGCGUAAGAAGCCUUAGUCAUAAAUCGGGGCGACCGUCAUUCUUCGCUGCCUUUGCUCGUAGAAACUCAACUAAAAGUGAACAUUCUUCGAGAAGUCGUUCACCAACCAGUCCUAGACCUUCCAACGAUUAUAACUUAACACCUGAAGACUUACGCACUCCUAGUCCGACACCAUCACGACAUUCGAUCUUCGAACGUGAUAUUGAGAAUCACGAUCGUCUAAGCGUUCACGAAGCUAUAGACCUUGCUAUUCCUUCCGCUCUAGAUAAUGUAGCUGAAGCCUUUGUCAAAGAAGAAAUACCUAUUCCCAUAGAAGAUGGACCUGAUUCUAUAGUUAAGAAUGGGAAUGGUUCUGAUGGCCAUGGCCUUUUGAUUAAUACAAGGGGAGAAAUCAAUGGGAAACGAUUGUCACUAAUAAACAUUAAUCGAACACCAAGUCCUGGUCCGUAUGAUCAAAAGAACACAAUUGCGGAUACUUUGCGAGUGACGACACCAAGAGAAAUGAAUGCAUUGACAGGAAUAUUUGAUAACUCGUGGAAGUAA